AUCAUCCCAAAAGUGUUACAGAAAAUCCAAGCAGAGGAGGCCACAGGACUGUUGGUUGUGCCAUGCUGGCCAACUCAGCCAUGGUGGCCAUCGGUAAUGAGACUGCUGGUUCAGAAACCCCUUGUGCUUCCCAAAAAGAAACACACUUUAUUUCUACCUCAACAGCCAGACUUGGUGCAUCCACUACACCAGAAACUCACCCUGCUGAUAUGCCACUUGUCCAGAAAUCACUUGAAGGCAGAGGCCUUUCGGAAUCAGCUACCUCACUCAUCCUGCAGUACUGGAGAAAGGGCACUAAACAACAAUAUAAACCAUUCAUCGCUAAAUGGGAACAGUACUGUAGUUAAAGGCAGAUUAAUCCCUUUUCAGCCACUAUAGAACAUGGGAUUAAUUUCCUGGCAGAACUCUACCAAACAGGGAUUGGAUAUAGUGCUCUCAAUACAGCCCGGUGUGCUUUAUCUACUGUUUGUGUUACAUCAGAGCAUUACACUUUUCGACAGCAUCCCUUAGUUUGUCGUUUCAUCAAGCGAAUCUUCGAAUGCAGACCCUCUCUACCAAGGUAUCAAGAAACUCGGGAUGUGACGGUGGUAUUAGCCUACCUAGCUAAACUGAGCCCACCUGAGAAACUUAGUCUGAAGAACUUGACUUUGAAAGUGAUUAGGUUGAUGGCAUUGCUUUCAGGACAGCGUCGCCAGACUCUGUACACAUUAUCAAUUGAUUGUAUGCAAAUAAGUGCUGAUAAGUGUGUGUUUUCCAUUAACUCAUUGUUGAAAACUUUGAGACCUGGUAAACAUUUAGCUUGUAUUGAGUUUCAGGCCUAUGCACCAGAUGUUAGUCUUUGUAUUGUAAAGCAUCUUCAGCAAUAUCUGAAGCGUACAGAUAUUCUUCGAGGUGAUGUGAAGCAGCUUUUUAUUAGUUACACUAAGCCUCACAAAGCUGUUUCCCCUGAUACAGUAAGCCGGUGGAUUAAGACUACAUUGUUUGAUGCUGGAAUUGACACUUCAAAGUACAGUGCACACAGCACCAGAUCAGCAUCUACAUCUGCAGCAAAGGGGAACAACAUUUCUAUUGCCACAAUUAUGAAAGGUGCUGGGUGGUCCCAGGAGUCCACAUUUACAAAGUUUUAUGACAAACCAGUGGCCCCUCGAGAGAAUUUUGCGGCUGAACUCCUUAAAGCUGUAUGUGGGGACAAC